AUGGUCGUGAUCAAGGCCAUCGCACACAGAAACACCGCCGAGCUAGCUUCGCACCUCCACGACCAAAGACCCCACCCACCACGAAAUUUCGUUCCCGAACUCGUCGAAGGAGCCCAGGUCAAGCCAUGCACCGGCUGGAUGAACCUCACAAAGCCACCUCCGGACGGCUGGUGGGCAGACAGACAAUCUUGCCAGUGCCCACCUUGCUACUUUUACAAACUCACCGAUCAGAUUAACAGUGGCAUCUUGCCUUUCGCCGUUGCUGUUCCACUAGCUCAACUCAUCAAUGUGGGAUUGAUCAGGCUCAACUUCCGCCAUGCUGAACAUACCUGCAUCUUCACUGCCGAAGACAAAGACUAUGCUUUGUCUCUACACCGCGAUGUCUGCUAUGGCAUCAACUCGGGCCAGUCACCUCUUCAGCUACUCGAGAUUCUCUUGGUUGCAUCUCGCAAGGCUGUGCUCAAGCCGUUGGAUCCUCAGGACCCAGAGUACCAUCACAAAGAGUUUGAGAUGUGUCUCAAGCGCGCCGUCAGAAGAUGCAAAGAAGAUAUAAGUAAUGGCCAAGGCCACGCAGAAGACGAGGAGCAAACACAGGAGGGCGCUCAUCAAGACGACGACGACGACGAUCAAAACUCUGGUGCUUUGACAUCAGAUGGAGCUGAGUGCGAGAACGUCGAACAUGAUGACGCUGACAAAGAGACGUAUGUAAAAUCGCUUUCCAACCUCAGACGGUCGCAGAUACUGACUUGCUUACAGUGCUAUCUUAUGGACGGCCCCUUCCAAAUGAUCUCACCUUUGAAGUAG